AUGACUGCUGUUCUCGGCGAUACUGUCUUCGCAGCGGGGAUGCGCGGUGCGUGGUUGAGGUGGGCACAACGGCCCACCCUAUUUCAUGUCCACUUCCAUCGCUGUACGACUUCGAAUCCGACCUGCAACUUCGUCUUGCCCAACGCCGCCGCCGCCGCCACCACCACCAACCAGGCCAUUACUCGCACAACACGAAGAAUCGCAACUCCAGCACGCGAUCCGAACGUGCCAAGUAAUCGGACGGUGAUCUUGAGGAGAUAUUCUUCUUCGGGCAAGGAUCGGCCAAGUACCCCCAGAACCACCGAGGGCCCAGGUCUUAGUCCCUUGCAGGAUCAGCGUACGAUCCAUUGGGCAUACUUUUGCCCUCCAAGCGAGAAAUUUGGCACGGAGGCCAGCUUUUGUGGGAGUCAGGAUCCUUCUGAAUGGGAGGGAAGUCAGGAUCAACUCCAUCUGGACACCUCACAGUCAACGCUUGUGAUUCGCCCGCAGGCACCGGGCGCGUCCGCACUCCACAAAGCCCCGCUGGCUCCCAAACAAGGUCUGGGGGGUUCCCUUGCGAACGCUCGAGCACAACACUCGUCUCCCAUAUCCGGCACCUACGCCUUGCGGACGCCUCGGGGCAAGAUCACAUCCAUAGCUUGUGAGAGCUGCAGGAAGCGGAAGUCCAAGUCGAAGAACCUUACAUGUGUAUACGAUGUGGCCGAGGACGGCAAGACUACAACACAGCUGAGAGCCCACGUGCGGCGUUUAGCAAAAGAGCUGGACGACAUGAAGUCCAUUGUAUCAUUGUUGGCCAUGGCUCCAGACCGGGCUCAGGCUGCGAACUGGGCCAGUGAGCUGGAAAAGAACGGUUUCCAGCACCAUUCCGUGGAAGAAAUCAAGAAAUCGCUCCAGGACCCUUCGGCACCGCAACCCGCUCUACCGGACCAAGACUCUUUCGGCACUUCGGGUAGUGAUCAAUUUCCGGGCCACGGGCAUGGACUUGAACCUGCAUCAUACGAUGACUCGUCGCGCGAAGAAAGCAAUGCAGUUGACGGUAUUACGCGGAUGGAUCCCCCUCUUGAUAUCGAAGGUGCAUCGACCGCCCUGAGCAAGUUCAGCUUCGACUGCACAUACUUCCGUCGGGCGAAGCGAGAUCUCCUUGCAAAUGGAUGGAGCGAAAGCCAAAUUUUUGGAAGGGCCGAGGUUGACGUGGAUACCAUCCUACUCGGUUUUGUAGAUCCUCAGGAUACUCAAACGGUACCCACGUGUAUCUUAUCUGGCCCAGCGUGGAAAAACAUGAACGCCAACCCCGAUUGGAUGAUGCCCUCCAUAGGGAAAGAAGAGGUCACUCCGUACGAUAUUUUGAUCGAUCUCGUGCCCUGGCCACAAGUACGCCAAUUGUUAUACCAGCAUCCACAGGAGUACCCGGUCGGCCAUUUUGUAGGUCUGAUAGGUGUGACAUGGCCGUUUGCCGAUGACGCCUGCCAUUACUGGGACAUUGAAGCUGGUUAUACGAGGAUGACGCCACUCUUCGAAAGCACAGUCGCUGAUCUGAACAAUUGGACCAUCGAUCCGAAGAUUUUAGAGCUGGCACCUCAACUCGAAGGACUCCUCCCGAUCAAGCCGGUGUAA